AUGAGUCAAGCACUCAGUGGAGAAGGACCCAGGCGCCCAACCACUCCAGUACCCAGGGAGAGAGAGCAGGCUCCAAGUAACUCAAAGUGCCUGCCACCUCGCAUCUGUCUCCUGAGUGCCUGCCUCUUCCAGUGGACUGUGGUUGCGUCCCAAAUGGCACCCUAUUCCCCCAUAGGGGCCCUGGUCAGUAGUGCACUACGUAGGGAAUCGGGUGCCAUUUGGGAUAAAGUGGGACUCAGCGAGCCAUGCAGGGGUCAUCCUCAGUCCUUACAUCUCCCUGGAUGUGUGAUGAUCACACCAAUUUAGAGGUUGUAGGGUACAUGUGUAGGACAUACAUGAGGCCAAAUCAAGCGGAGUUGUUGGCUGUGCUGGAUUGAUUCUGUUGAAUCGAUGUGUUUCGUCAUCUUUUUAUUAAACCUUGGUGCCUUAUGGCUUUUUACUCUGCGCUCCAGUUGGAUGUUGUCGGCUUUGCCUGACCCUCGAUAACAGUUUUCUGAAGGCUUUUUUACUGCUCAAAGGACAAUGUCUUUGCGUCAGUAAAAAAGCUCAAAGCCCAAUUAUUUUAUUUUAUAAGGUCUCAGAAAGCUCCUUUUGUUAACUUGCUAAGUCGUACACAACCCUAUAUUGAUUGAAACCCAACUCUUAUUUGAAUCUAUGUCAAAAUAGCACAAUGUUAAGAGUUUGAUAGAUGGGCAAAGUUGUUUUGUAAUGGGUUUUUUCUAACCUUUCUCUUUUGAGUGCAGAGUUUUAGGUCAAUACUUUUGUUCUAUGUUUUCAGCAGUCUCUGCCAAGCAGAUAGAUGAAUGCCAGACCUGGGCAGAAAAUAGUUAUAUUUUGUAGUUUAUAUGAAAAUGCAACUUUUCAAAUACUCUAGGUAGUUGAAUAUAAAUGCAAUGUUAAGUGUUGGUCCCAUGUUUCAUGAGCUGAAAUAAAAGAUCCUAGAAAUGUUCCAUAUGCGCAAAAAGCUUAUUUUGCUAAAAUGUUGUGCACAAAUUUGUUGACAUCCCUGUUAAUGAGUAUUUUUCCUUUGCCAAGAUAAUCCAUCCACCUGACAGGUGUGGCAUAUCAAGAAGCUGAUUAAACAGCAUGAUCAUGCCUCCCGAGUGGCGCAGAGGUCUAAGGCGUCACUAUAGACCCGGGUUCAAUCCAAGGCUGUGUCACAACCGGCGGUGACCGGGAGUCCCAUAGGGCGGCGCACAAUUGGCACAGCGUUGUCUGGGUUAGGGGAGGGUUUGGCCGGGGAGGCUUUACUUGGCUCAUUGCGGGCCAGGUGCCUGCAGGCUGACUUGGGUCAUCAUUUGAACAGUGUUUAUCCGACACAUUGGUGCAGCUGGCUUCCGGGUUAAGGGGGCGGGUGUUAAGAAGCACGGUUUGGCGGGUCAUGUUUCGGAGGACACAUGACUCGACCUUCACCUCUCCCGAGCCCGUUGGGGAGUUGCAGCGAUGAGACAAGAUUGUAAUUGGAUCGCAAUUGGAUAUCACGAAAUUGGGGAGAAAAGGGGGGUACAAAAAUAAUAAUAAUAACCCCUUGCCAUGCGGUAGAAGAGAGAACAGUCUAUGACUAGGGUGGCUAGAGUCUUUGACAAUUUUUAGGGCCUUCCUCUGACACCGCCUGGUAUAGAGGUCCUGGAUGGCAGGAAGCUUGGCCCCAGUGAUGUACUGGGCCGUACGCACUACCCUCUGUAGUGCCUUGCGGUCGGAUGCCGAGCAGUUGCCAUACCAGGCAGUGAUGCAACCAGUCAGGAUGCUCUCUGGUGCAGCUGUAAACGUUUUUGAGGAUCUGAGGACCCAUGCCAAAUUUCUUCAGUCUCCUGAGGGGGAAUAGGCUUUGUCAUGCCCUCUUCACGACUGCCUUGGUGUGUUUGGACCAUGAUAGUUUGUUGAUGAUAUGGGCACCAAGGAACUUGAAGCUCUCAACCUGUUCCACUACAGCCCCGUCGAUGAGAAUGGGGGCGUGCUCAGUCAAUUUUUUUUGUUCCUGUAGUCAACAAUCAUCUCCUUUGUCUUGAUCACGUUCAGGGAGAGGUUGUUAUCCUGGCACCACACGACCAGGUCUCUGACCUCCUCCCUAUAGGCUGUCUCAUCGUUGUUGGUGAUCAGGCCUACCACUGUUGUGUCAUCGGCAAACUUAAUGAUGGUGUUGGAGUCAUGCCUGGCCAUACAGUCAUGGCUGAACAGGGAGUACAGGAGGGGACUGAGCACGCACCCCUGAGGGGCCCCCGUGUUGAGGAUCAGCGUGGCAGAUGUGUUGUUACCUACCCUUACCACCUGGGGACGGCCCGUCAGGAAGUCCAGGAUCCAGUUGCAGAGGGAGGUGUUUAGUCCCAGGGUCCUUAGCUUAGUGAUGAGCUUUGAGGGCACUAUGGUGUUGAACGCUGAGCUGUAGUCAAUGAAUAGCAUUCUCACGUAGGUGUUCCUCUUGUCCAGGUGGGAAAGGGCAGUGUGGAGUGCAAUAGAGAUUGCAUCAUCUGUGGAUCUAUUGGGGCGGUAUGCAAAUUGGAGUGGGUCUAGGGUUUCUGAGAUAAUGGUGUUGAUGUGAGCCAUGACCAGCCUUUCAAAGCACUUCAUGGCUACAGACGUGAGUGCUACGGGUCGGUAGUCAUUUAGGCAAGUUCUUGGGCACAGGGACUAUGGUGGUCUGCUUGAAACAUGUUGGUAUUGCAGACACAGUCAGGGACAUGUUGAAAAUGUCAGUGAAGACACUUGCCAGUUGGUUAGCGCAUGCUCGGAGUACGCGUCCCGGUAAUCUGAGGAGUGGGAGGCCCCGGUGCACAACUGAGCAAGAGGACAAAUACAUUAGUGUCUAGUUUGAAAAACAGACGCCUCACAGGUCCUCAACUGGCUGCUUCAUUAAAUAGUACCCGUAAAACACCAGUCUCAACGUCAACAGUGAAGAGGCGACUCCGGGAUGCUGACCUUCUAGGCAGAGUUGCAAAGCGUGCUAACAUAAUUGCAAAAGGGUUUUCUAAUGAUCAAUUAGCCUUUUAAAAUGAUAAACUUGGAAUAGCAAACACAACGUGCCAGUCCCUGCCACUGAAAAACAUCCCCACAGCAUGAUGCUGCCACCGCCUUGCUUCACCGUAGGGAUGGUGCCAGGUUUACUCCAGACGUGACGCUUGGCAUUCAGGCCAAAGAGUUAAAUCUUGGUUUCAUCAGACCAGAGAAUCUUGUUUCUCAUGGUCUGCGAGUCCUUUAGGUGCCUUUUGGCAAACUCCAAGCGGGCUGACAUGUGCCUUUUACUGAGUAGUGGCUUCCAUCUGGCCACUCUACCAUAAAGGCCUGAUUGGUGGAGCGCUGCAGAGAUGGUUGUCCUUCUGGAAGUGAUGUGGAAAAUAAUCACUAUACUUUAUUAAAAAUCUAAGUUCUUCCAGAGUUUUUGUAUAAUCAAGAUUGACUUUAUUACAAUUCAACAAAGCCAGGCUGGUCUGCAGAGUAGCCUUUCUUCUCUCUCUCUGCUCCCCAUCUAUAUAGUCCCAUUCACAUCCCUUCUAGCUCAAAACCCCUCCCUCUUCAGUUUCCCGCUCUCUAUCGCUCCGCCCACUCCCUUUGUCUAUGAUGGCAGCUAAAUUAAACUUUUAUUCAGUUCAGAAUCAAUAGUAAUACAAUCAAUCAAUCCCUUAUCUUGCAAAAACACUCAUGUUUAGUUUAAACUCUGUUCAACCACAGCUCUCCCGAGCUUGACCUGAAGAUUGAUUGUUGGACAUGACAGGUUCACACUUAAUCUUUCAAACAUACCCAAACCUACUCCUCUUCCCCUCCCGUCAUGCUGUAAUUACUCAUGACUAGUCUAAACGCUGCUCAACUUUGACUCCGCUCUCAGAACCUUUUGUUUGAGGAGAGAUGCAUUAGGCAACAGUCUGAUUUCAGUCUCUGAUAAGGUAAGACAGCCAUGGAUUUAGGUAAGAGUGAGCAAUUCGACCCUAGGUCAGAUUACCACUUCACACACACACACACAAUCUUGCCUAGCAACAGAGAAUCCUCAUAUAAACAGGUGUGUACCUUUCCAAAUCAUGUCCAAUCAAUUGAAUUUACCAGAAGUGGACUCCAAUCAAGUUGUAGAAACAUCUCAAGGAUGAUCAAUGGAAACAGGAUGCACCGGAGCUCAAUUUCGAGUCUCAUAGCAAAGGGUCUGAAUACUUAUGUACAUUUUAUUUUUAAUACAUUUGCAAAAAUGUCUAAACCUGUUUUCACUUUGUCAUCAUGGGGUAUUGUGUGUAGAUUUAAUCUUUUUUAAAUCCAUUUUAGUUCAAGGCUGUAACGUAAAGUUGCUUUCUCAGAUCUGUAUUUAAAUAGGUUAAAAAAGUAGUUACUUUCUGAGAUCUGUAUUCAAAUUAUUUUCAAAAGUAGUCAUUUCUAAAGUAACUAUUUCGUCCCCCUUAAAAAAUUGUUAUCUUCCACAAAGCAUAGUUAAAACUAUAGUUUUCCCAGGUCUGAUGGAUGCCUCAGUCAGUGCCACAGGAUAAAUGAUCGGACUGUCACUCUACCACGGCCCAUUCUCUCUCACUUAACUACUCUCCUCCCCUGACUCUCUCUGCAGUACUGCUGCCAUUACAACUCCCACUCAAGUACCGACACCAAGAUCCUCUCUCUAGGAAUGCAGCAGAGGUCGAUUACGCCUAGCGUUCCUUUAAUGGCCGCCCUCUCGCUCCCUCCCCGAUCUUGUUUCAAGACAGAGAUCUAGAGGUCCGUCUAGACGGCGUGCUAUCCCACACUGCUUCUUUAAUUGUAGCCUGUGGUUUGAUGAUAGGCCGUUUGAGGUUUGGCCUGUUGCGGCUCCGGUGUCUAGUGUGUGUCGCUAUGUGUAUCGCUGUGUGCGUUUUGUGUGUAUCUUUGUAGUGUGUUUAGCCUAUGUGUGUGUGAGAUCAAAGGAGCGGUGUCACUCGCUGCAGCCUGAGUGUAUUGCAGGGCCCACUACAUCUGGUUUGUUUUAGCUGCAGCGCUGCAUGGUGACACUGUUGUACACACACCUCCUCCCAGCCUCCCUGUGUAACCUGAGCUAUGGGACCAAAGGCUGACUAAUAAGAACUCUCUAGAGUCUGGACUCUCCUGUUGCAGUAAAAGCAUUAGCAACACUUUCCAGCUACUUACUGUGUGUGUUGUAGCGUCUGUGGUUGCAACCCAGUAUCAACCACAUUGUGUAGGCUACUUACAAACCACAGCCGCUGUGAUCACAUUUAUCCUGCAAUUACUGCUCUGAAAGAACAUCUUUACCUGUUGUGCACGAAGAAUGCCAAUUUUCAUAAGGCUGGUUUAUAUUUCGGACAAACAGAGAAAUGUUAAGGUGUUGACUUGGCUGUGCUCAUUUCGUUAUUUUGUUUUAAUAGUUAAUAUAAUUCAACGGGUUCUGUCACCAAAAUCAUUGACAAUAAUAACUAGUAAUGAAAUCAUUAUAAUCAAUAAACUCUUCAAGAAUUGUGUGUGAGUCUGUGUGUCUGAAAACUAGCCGUCAAAUUCUUGCUUCCUCUGUCCUUGUUUCCUCCACUCCUUGCCUCUGCUUGAAAGUGCAUUGUAGCCUGAGGGGAGGAACCUUCACUACUCUCCCCCAAUGUGCUUUGAGAAGGAGGUGAAGAAUGGGGGAAACAAGGGGAGAAUCUCAAUUGCAUUUCCUUGAUUCCUCACGUCCUCUCUCCUCACUUUCUCAAAACCCAUUGCAUAAGAAGGUGAGAGGGAAAGGACCUCUGACCUUCUCAUCCAAUGGGUUUUGAAAAGGAGAUGAGGAGAGAGGAUGCAACGAAUCAAGGAAAUGCAUUUGAACUCUCCCUAGGACAGAGGAAGCAAGUAUUUGACAGGUAUUAAAGCCCCCAUGCAGUCUUUCAAAUGUUAUGUUUAAAUCAUCACUGUAUGUCUAAUAAAUCACUGUUUAUUUAAUGAAAAUAACUCCAAAAUAUAUUUUGAAUCAUUUAAUGUUCAGUCUGAUCAUGUGGGCAUUAGGAAACAAAUUGUAAUAUAUUUACAUACACAGCCCUGAUUGGAUGAUAGGCUGUUCUAGAGUCCACCCCCUUACCGAGAUGAACAGUCAUUGGUCUAUUAUAAUCAGAUCAAAUUGUGACGUCAUGAUGUGGGCCAAAGUUACAUCCCACCUGAACAGGCUUUUUUAUUUUUAAACAGCUCUUACACAAAAAGGGCAUUAUCAUAAUUUUCAAAAUUUCUGAGUGUUAUUUAGACUUCAGUAGGGCCAGGACGAUACCAGUAUCGUGAUACUUGUUAGUAUCGAGGCAAGGAAACAAAACAUUUAGCAGAUUUAACUUCUUCAGGAAAACAGCCCUAAUGUUUGAAACAAACAUCAUUGUUGCAUCCAGAGUCACAUUUAUAGCACACAAUAUUUUACAUGCAGCAGGUUUUUAAAGGUCAAAGAGUUCGGUCUGCUUCAUGUUUUCAUUUUUGCCAUGUAAAAAAUAUUUUUGAUACUGAUAUCGUCCCAGCUCUACCUGUGUGUGUGUGUGUGUGUGUGUGGUUUUGUUUAACUAUCCUUGUGGGUACCAGAAGGAAAAAUGCUAUUUUAGGUUUAGGGUUACUAUUAGGGUUAGGGGUUUGGGGUUAGGCUUAGGGUUAAAGUUAGGGUUAGACUUAGGGUUAGGGAAAAUCUAUUAUUUGGUCCCCACAAUGAUAGAAACACAAAACUGAAUGUGUGGAAAUAUCAUAAGAAAACGGAAAAUCUAGUUUUUAAUUGCACUGCCCCUUUAACAUUAUAGACAGUACCAGACUGUCUGACUGUGCUACAAUAAUACCCAUGGCAUGUCCAGAAACGACCCCUAGCCCCUACUGCCCAGAGUCAAGACACUUGUGGAGAUUUGAGAGGGAUUGAUGGGUGGUGACAUGGUGAGAGCUCCACCUUACCCUCUGAAAGGCUUGGUGGAAUUUUGGCGGUAUUGCUUACACCUGUCCAAUCCUCUCAGAUCUCCACAAGUGUCUAGGGGUAGGGGCUAGGGGUUGCUUGUGGACAAGACCCCGCAACCCUUCAGGUGUGUGGUGGACCUACAGCAUGACUUGGGGCAUUGGUUGGAUGUUUCAUUCCAUUGCUAUACACACAUGGAUUUGCACAGGUGUAAGCUGGACACACCCACGCCACCCUAUCAGUCUGUUAAGACAGUUCCGGGUAUUUGAAGACCUGCUUUAAACAGUGAAAGGAUAUAUUUACAUGUCUACUAUUCUGGACCCCAGGAAGAGUAGCAGCUAAUGAGGAUCCAUAAUAAAUACAAAUACAAAUACACCCUUGCUUCAUUCCAGCUAGUUAGAUGUGCAACCACUGACUAAUUAUAGCUAGGGUAUGUCUCUACUCUAGCAAUAGAUACUGUCGUGUUGACUGUAUGGCAUCAUUGAAUAAGAUUACCAAUGGUUAGUUAGGUAGCUAGGAUAUAUCAGUCAGCUAACCAUUUACAGUAACAGCAGUUCAUUAAUAAGUCAAUACACACUGAAUCUUAUGCAGAAAUCGAGAAAUCUUACUUUAUCUUGGCACUGGCACGGUAUGGGCAGCUAUUAAUCAAUUAGAUAGAUUCAUAGAAUGUUAGAAGAGUGAACUCCUACUUUGAAAGGACAGGAAGUGUUUGCUGUGCACUUAACCAAUGACAGGCAUUCCACAUUUAACCCCACCCACAUGUGAAAAUCGAAAUAGCAAGUAGUUUUUUUGGUUUUAUAUGCAAAAAUUAUAAUGAUAAAAAUGAUAAAAUGAUAAAACAUUACAUGUUUUUUUGUUUUUUUAUUCAGAAAGGAAAAACAAGCCGUUUUCACGUCCCCAAUUGCUCCAUUUUAACUCGGAAAACAGACGAUCAAAACGUACACGGACCGUAAUCUUACCUCAGGAGUCUUGACAUAAUGUUGACCACAACAUAGGCUAACUUUCUUGACUGCCGUAAUAAUAAUAAUAAUAAUAAUAAUAAUAAUAAUAAUAAUAUGCCAUUUAGCAGACGCUUUUAUCCAAAGCGACUUACAGUCAUAACAACAGACACCAAAAUGUUCCAUAUAUUCUCCAGACCAACAUUAAUUCCCGCACUUUGGUUGUUGUUAAACUGCAUGCAGUAUUACACCAGCUCUUUAUCACUUGACUGUCAUUCAGAGAAUCCUUUCCUGAAUCAGCUGAUGUAGCGCGAUAAUUUUCCCACGUAACUAAACAGCUGGACAUCAAAUGCACAUCAAACAGCUAUUUUGCAUAAUUAUUGAAGAACCCUGUUAAUGACAUUAUACUUUUUUUUAUUCAUCUUGUUAAAGUUACUCUUUCUGUUAGAAGCAUUCAAUUUUUUUCACACCGUAACAUAGGGAGAUACGAAAUGUUACGAGGUUACAGUGCACUUCCCAGAUCUCCAUACAAAAAGAGUCCGACAGCAAUAUUCAGGAAUUUUACAGGAUCAAGUUCAAUGUGUAAUUCAAUUGUAUGAUAUAACGACAAACUGCAGUAUCAUAAAUGUAAGGAAAGAAAGGUAGUGUUUUAUGUCACCAUUUUUGCUAAAUCUUUGAAGAAUCCAAGCGUGAGAACGGAUUUAAACUAGAGAUGUGAGAAAUUAAAAACUUUGCUUAAUGUUCAAACUGCAUUAUUUUUAGCAGUUUUCUGUUAAAACAAGAUACAUUUUUUUUUACAAAUCCACGUCAAUUUACAAUCCAGAUUAAUGGUCCUAUUACGUAUGUAUGACCGCUAGGGCUGGGCAAUGAAGUUAUAUCUACCGCAGCCCUUUUACAGACAUAGAACGCAGCUACAGUAACAUGUCGAUAGCAACAAUUGGUAACUUUUCAGACAACAAAAAAACAAAAAGUGACUAAAAUUCUACUCCAGCAUAACAUUUUCUGUAUUUUUUCCCUAACAAUAAACGUCACUGAUUGAUGUGCAGCUGUUGUUGUUUUUAAUGCUGUUUUUUAUGGUAUGGUAGCUAGAUGGGUUUUAUUUAUACUAAAUGUCUCAGUAUAUAACACACUUUUUUUAAAGUACUUUUUUAGGAGAGAUUGAUCUGCACACAGGCAGCAGGCAGGAGCUCAAUAUUAUUUGAUUGACAGUUCUAGGUGACCUAGUGAUGGAUGUUAGUCCCGCUUCAGAAGCCUCAUUGCUUUACAGACAAGUAAAAUGCCCAUUCAUAUAGCCAGAGAAGGUUUUGUGUCAGCAUUUAAAAAUCUGUAGUGUAGCCUAACAGACAGACAAACAAACAUGCCGUAGCUGAGGCAUUUUCAAGGAGCCACGUUCCAUUAUGUAUGAAAAGGUUCAUCAAUAAAGGCUACCGGUAGCCUACUGUAAUUUCAUAUUAUGAGGCAAUCUGUAUUCCUGCAACAUCGGUGCAAUGAAUAGGCUAGGAUAUUCUACACGCAACAGACGGAACACUGAACAGACACUUGCAUCAUUAGCGAAGAGACUGAGCAGGCAGGCCAGCGCGAGGGAGAGGGGGAACGGGCAGGCGGAAACGUGCUCAUACAGUGCAUUUCAGAAAGUAUUCAAACCCCUUGACUUUUUCCACAUUUUGUUACGUUACAGCCUUAUUCUGUUUUUGUUUUUUUACAUUUAUAUAUAAUCCUCAAUCUACACACUACCCCAUAAUGACAAAGCAAAAACUGGUUUUUAGAAAUUCUUGCACAUUUUAUAAAAAAAUACAAACAGAAAUAUUACAUUUACAUAAGUAUUCUGACCCUUUACUCAGUACUUUGUAGAAGCACCUUUGGCAGCGAUUACAGCCUUGCGACUUUUUGGGUAUGACGCUACAAGCUUUGCACACCUGUAUCUCCCAUUCUUCUCUGCAGAUCCUCUCAAGCUCUCAGGUUGCAUGGGGAGCAUCGCUGUACAGCUAUUUUCAGGUCUCUCCAGAGAUGUUCGAUUGGGUUCAAGUCCGGGCUCUGGCUGGGCCACUCAAGGACAUUCAGAGACUUGUCCCUAAGACACUCCUGCGUUGUCUUGGCUGUGUGCCUAGGGUCGUUGUCCUGUUGGAAGGUGAACCUUCGCCCCAGUCUGAGGUCCUGAGCACUCUGGAGCAGGUUUUCAUCAAGGAUCUCUCUGUACUUUGCUCCGUUCAUCUUUCCCUCAAUCCUGACUAGUUUCCCAAUCCCUGCCGCUGAAAAACAUCCCCACAGCAUGAUGCUGCCACCCCCAUGUUUCACUGUAGGGAUGGUAUUGGCCUGGUGAUGAGCAGUGCCUGGUUUCCUCCAGACGUGACGCUUGGCAUUCAGGCCAAAGAGUUCAAUCUUGGUUUCAUCAGACCAGAGAAUCUUGUUUCUCAUGAUCUGAGAGUCCUUUAGGUGCCUUUUGGCAAACUCCAAGCGAGCUGUCAUGUCCUUUUUACUGAGGAGUGGCUUCCAUCUGGCCACUCUACCGUAAACACCUGAUUGGUGGAGUGCUGCAGAGAUGAUUGUCCUUCUGGAAGGUUCUCCCAUCUCCACAGAAGAACUGGUCUGAAUACUUUCUGAAUGCACUCUAUGUUUUGGUAUUCUGCAUCUUGCAAGCCUUGCAAAUUCACCAAAGUAGCCUAAAGUUAACCUUUUCCUCUGGUUUUAUUUGAAUUACACAACUUUCCCAGGCCUUUACAGCCAAUCGGCUAUAACACAGAAAAUAAUAUUUUGUGAUAACUGCACUGUGAUUGUAAUUAAAUGGGUAAAAAAACUUAUUUUCUUUGUUAGUGAUUUUUCUUAAUGUUAAUGAUCCCAACUUCGUUUUAACGUUUAAACGUUAACACCCCUAGUUUAAACAGGUUUUGAUUCAACUCAUGAAUUAUAUUGAAUGUAUCGAUGUUCCCCCUUUUCAUAGCUUAAUGUAUUCACACCAAAAAAAGGCUAAUGAUCAUUAAUUACAUUGUAACAGCUCCAAACAGUUGUCCACUCCAAGAAAUGCUCAUGGCUACCUUAGUUUAUAGAAAGACCCAUGUCCAUUCUGUUUCUGUAUUCUGUGUAAUCACUAACAACCUUUCUCUCUCUCCUGCUUUAGCGUUGCAGUGCCACUGCCAGUGGUGUAGUAACAGCACUUGCUACACGGACGGCCUGUGCUUUGUGUCCUUCGUGAAGUCGGGCAGUAAGAUGGUGGCACAGGGGAGCAUGUGUUUACCUGAGGCAGACCUCAUCCCUAAGGACAGGCCGUUUGUCUGCGCCCCCUCGAAAAAGGAGAACACUGGGGUGGUCCCUGUCUGCUGCAACACAGACAUGUGUAACAAAGACUCCGACCCCGGCGACUACUCGUUGACAUGUAAGUGUCUGAUAUGGCUCGAAGUCUCAUCUCUCACACACUCGCAUGCCCAGUCCCAAAUCCACCACUAGUUCAUAGGCACCUACCUCAUGUGCAGUGCAACUGUGUAGAUCUGAAGGGAGUGGAUAGGAGGAAGUUGAAUGGUAAAAAUGUUGCCCAUCAUAUUACCAUAUUGCUUAUACUUUCCCAAUCAUUUCAGAUUUACAAAAAUGUUUUGGGGUAGGGGUUAGGAAUGGGCAAUAACACGGUAACAGUGACAUCAAGACAUCACUUUAGAAUGCAUGUCAAACAAAAACCAAUGACUGCAAAGUUAAAAAAACCAUACAACUCUAUGCACAAGGACUACUAUGCACAAGGACUACAAUUUCCACUGAACAUUAAAAAAAAUACAUUUACUCGAAGAACAGUGCAGAUACAAAGUUUGGUAACAGAAUGACGGCACAAACCGUUUGGUCGACAGAGAGUCGUCUAUUCUUUCGACCAAUCGAUUGGUAUAUAGACCCACCCUAUGUUUGAAUAAAAUCAACUAUAUGUAGCUUGUCUGAUGCCUUAAGCACUGCGAUUAAAAAUGAAGACACACAAAUAACUAAAGAGGGAGUCAGAGAUCAAUGUAGCCUAACCAGAAGAGCAAAAAAAAUUUCUCGACCCUCCUCCUGCUGCUGGCCUUUGCAGAUUCUGCCGUUAUACUCCUGAAGUUACCGGUAAUAGGCUACACCAACAGUCGGCAACAUUUUCCAUUUGGAGUGCCACUUUAUCGUAUCAUUUCUACUGAUCUGUUUGCCAGUUAUGAUUUUCAUGUGCACAUUUUCGUGGAACAGUUUAAUUUAAUUUAUAAUAAAGUCUUCAUAUCUCAAAAUCAAUGUCAUGUGGUUAAUCAAAAUUCUAUCAAAUUAAAAUGAUAGAAAUCUAAAAGUAACUAUUGUCCAUUGCCAAUAUGUAACAAUAGCCUACAUAAAGCCAACAAAUCAAAAAACUUUGUAGCCUGUAGGUAGAAAAUAUCAGGAUAAAAAUAUAUAUCCUAUAAAUCACAUUGGCUACGCAUGGCCUGUCUGCAAGGAACUUGAAACAUUGUAUCAACUAUUAACUUGGUCUGGCCUGAAGCUGGUGCUAGAAAACUUGCAACAUUUAAUAAAAUAUUCUGGGCCCUCAGUUUCCUGGGCCAGUGAGCUCCGGAAAGACACAACUGUAGGCUAUUUGCGCAAGGGAUAAGAAGUAAUCAGGUAGGCCUAUUUUAUGACGUUUCCGCCGGAUCAGAGCAUAACAUUUUAUUCCCCUUUCAUGCUGAGUGGUUAUCGAAAGGGAGAGAGCAGGAAAGAUUGUUGAGGAACUAUUGUCAUUCUCAAUGGAUGUAAAAACAGACUUUGUUUACUUGCUGUUUGAGGCAAAGAAAAAAUUACUUUGAGAAGCUACACAGUGAUGGUGAGUUAAGACAAUCAGAAAUAGUAUCAGAUCCCCAAAUGGGCAUUUAUAAGUCUCUACAUUUGCGCACAAGCCAGAUAGCCUAGGCCUUCUUCUAUGCGUAAUCAGGUGUGUGUCCUUACUGAAGAUUGACAGGAGCACUCCAAACAAAUGAAUAAAUUGAAAACUCAUAAAUGGAAUGAAAUGAAAACAAGUGUAGCCUAGGUUGUGCGCUCUGCAAACAACGUGUCCACUCCUACAAUGACAACGGUAAGACUGUAAUUACCGUAACCAAACAAACAUUGUAGAUUAGAAAUUAUGGGAAUUAACAGUGAAUGUACUACUGGUGAUACUGGUGUGCCAUCCUCGUGGCCGCCGCAAUGGAUUAGUCCACUCAGACAGGCAUGAGACAGACGGGUGUCUCGUGUGCCAUACAUUAUUUAUAUAUAUUUGCCACUGCUCGACUAAAAUAAUCUGGGCUGACCAACAGCCAGCCUAUCGACCAAACAAUCGAACAGUCGACUAAAUGGGGUCAUCCCUAAAAAAAAAUCUGUACGUUUAAGCAAGAUAUGUUGUUUUGCAUGGGCUGCAUCUCAAUCCACCGUAUCGGCCGAUAUCGCCCUUCCACAUCAGCGGUGACAAGUGGCAGAGCUGGAGGGGUGUUUGUCAGACCUAGACAUCCCGAAAAUCGGUCUUCUCACGAAAACGUCUGUAGCGUCCGAACAGUUUGGCCUACAAACUACUAUGACAUCUCUGGCAAGAUGACUCUCACGAACACGUACUUGCUCACAAGACCAGUACUAGUUUAAAAAAUGAAUGGAUGUAUAUAUGGAGAUAGUUAGUGCCUAAAAUAAGGGGUUAAAUGCAUAUCCGUGUUUCCUGAUUUCUUAUAUCUCUCAGGUAUAGGACAGACACUUCAGAACAAACGUCCUUUUGAUUAGUUUUUUUGGCUAUCUGUUGUUCCAUGUAAUGAAUCUGUUAUUCGAUGCAUUUCUAUUGGCUAAUAGCAUUAAUGCCAAAUUCAAUGUUUCAUCAAAUAAGCUGCCGGCUUAGACAGGGUUUAGACUCUAGAGGGUUAAUCUGUGAUAAGGAAACUGGCUCUAUAUGUCACUGAAUAUUGUUUAUGUCUGAGGCAAUGUCCCUGCCUGGACACGCUGUCAGGUUUAGCUCUUGUGGUCAGAAAGAAGCACCUCACUGCUGCCAUUCUUGGUCAUGGGUCUGAAACUGCCUCCAUGCUGUGCUUUUCAGUAUGAUAUUCAGCAGAUAUUCUCUGUCUCGCCAUACUGUCGUUCAGCUGUGUCACAGCAAUAGCAGAGCCAUUAGUAAUACUUCCUCUGUAUGUGUGCAGCUGUGAAUAUUGGAAAGAUUUGACAGGUAGUGGCCAGGCAGUUGAACGGUUUAAAAGCUCCAGAAGCAUGUUUUGAUUCGUCAUAAUGAAGUCCCACGACGGCCCUUAUUCUGAGAACAGAAAGCGCCUGACUUAAAGUACCAUUUAAUAUUUGAUCACCCUCACGUCUCAGCGCUGUGUGCAGAUUACACUUUUCUGAUUCUCAGCAAGUCAAUCUGAGAAAGUCUAGCCAGUUUUGGGAAAUGCUUUUGUUGUUUCAACAAGGCUGUUGCAAUGUUUUCAAAGGAAUCCUAUCAGUUCCUGCUUUAUGUUAUCACUCCCAAAAAAGCUGUGUGUAUUAUGUAAGGAAGUUGUUUUGAUGGAAACUGUCUCUUACGGACAGACUAAACAUCAAGUAAUGAGUAUGACUGAUUUCCUGCGAUUGUUGACUCAAACAGAAUUGUUCUGCUGCUCUAUGUUUGCUACAUACUUAAGACAGAGACGGCCUAACGGCUUAUCGUUGAAGUCGUUUGUGGGGACAUCAAAAUGAGGGGUGUUGUACAAAAAAGUAAUCAGCGAUUGGAACACCCCCUCCCCCCCUUCUUAGUCCCCACAGCCCGUACACCUCCCCUGAGCCCAGUGGCCCUGGCGGCCGUCAUCGCGGGGCCGGUGUGUGUGCUGUGCUUCGUGCUGCUGCUGGUGUUCUACGUGUGCCACAGCCGCUCUGUCGUCCACCGCCGUGUGCCCAAUGAGGAAGACCCUGCAAUGGACCAUCCCUUCCUGGCCGAUGGCCACACCCUCAAAGACCUCAUCUACGACAUGACCACCUCAGGCUCCGGAUCAGGUGGGUUUUGUAGUUUGAUGUACAUUCAUCACACCAUUUGUGAGAUACAUUUUCAACAGAUUGCUGAGCUUAGAGGAGGUGUAGCAUGAUCUACUACAGUACGCAUAAUGCUCUGUACAAAAUGUCCAGUUUUAUCUUCAUUAAGAUGUUCCUGAAGCUAACAUAAUGGUGUCCCAUCUCCUUACCAAUACAGGUUUCACACUUUGGAGUGCUAUAAUCUCCCUUAGGAUUGAUUGUUCCAUCUAGAGGUGGAUACUUUGCACAAGUCUGUCAUUUACUGACCGGUUAUGUAAGUUGUUCUGAAAAGGCUUAGAAGUUGUUUCCAUAGAGCUGCAAUACUGACCUUGCAAGCGCUUAGUUUGUCAUCUACUCAAUGGGUUGUAUUGAAGAAGUUGUUCAAUACUCUUAAGUUGUUACAUUCCAAUAGAGCGGUUCGCGAAAUGAGAGCCAAUAUGCUGCUGGAAAUGAUCUUCGCUAUGAAUGAUUCAGUGAAUGAUAAGGAGACGUGUGUUCAUUAAUACAUCAGUUUAGCAGCCGGCUAGACUGGGACAUAGUGCUACCAGACAAGGACCGUCAUUAAAUCAGAGAAAUAUAAUCUAAUUAAUGCUUACAAUCACAUACAGUUGAAGUCGGAAGUUUACAUACACCUUAGCCAAAUACAUUUAAACUCAGUUUUUCACAAUUCCUGACAUUUAAUCCUAGUAAAUAUUCCCUGUCUUAAGUCAGUUAGGAUCACCACUUUAUUUUAAGAAUGUGAAAUGUCAGAAUAGUAGUAGAGAGAAUGAUUUAUUUCAGCUUUUAUUUCUUUCAUCACAUUUCCAGUGGGUAAGAAGUUUACAUACACUCAAUUAGUAUUUGCUAGCAUUGCCUUUAAAUUGUUUAACUUGCGUCAAAUGUUUCGGGUAGCCUUCCACAAGCUUCCCACAAUAAGUUGGGUGAAUUUUGGCCCAUUCCUCCUGACAGAGCUGGUGUAACUGAGUCAGGAUUGUAGGCCUCCUUGCUCGCACACGCUUUUUCAGUUCUGCCCACACAUUUUCUGUAGGAUUGAGGUCAGAGCUUUGUGAUGGCCACUCCAAUACCUUGACCUUGUUGUCCUUAAGCCAUUUUGCCACAACUUUGGAAGCAUGCUUGGGGUCAUUGUCCAUUUGGAAGACCCAUUUGCGACAAAGCUUUAACUUUCUGACUGAUGUCUUGAGAUGUUGCUUCAAUAUAUCCACAUAAUUUUCCAUCCUCAUGAUGCCAUCUAUUUUGUGAAGUGCACCAGUCCCUCCUGCAGCAAAGCACCCCCACAGCAUGAUGCUGCCACCCCCGUGCUUCACAGUUGGGAUGAUGUAGCUCAAUUGGUAGAGCAUGGCGCUUGUAACGCCAGGGUAGUGGGUUCGAUCCCCGGGACCACCCAUACCUAAAAAUGUAUGCACACAUGACUGUAAGUCGCUUUGGAUAAAAGCGUCUGCUAAAUGGCAUAUUAUUAUUAUUAUUAUUAUUAUUAUUAUUAUGAUGUUCUUCGGCUUGCAAGCCACCCCCUUUUUCCUCUAAACAUAACGAUGGUCAUUAUGGCCAAACAGUUCUAUUUUUUUUUCAUCAGACCAGAGGACAUUUCUCUAAAAAGUACGAUCUUUGUCCCCAUGUGCAGUUGUAAACCGUAGUCUGGCUUUUUUAUGGCGGUUUUGGAGCAGUGGCUUCUUCCUUGCUGAGCGGCCUUUCAGGUUAUGUCGAUAUAGGACUCGUUUUACUGUGGAAAUAGAUACUUUUGUACCUGUUUCCUCCAGCAUCUUCACAAGGUCCUUUGCUGUUGUUCUGGGACUGAUUUGCACUUUUCACACCAAAGUACGUUCAUCUCUAGGAGACAGAACACAUCUCCUUCCUGAGUGGUAUCACGGCUGCGUGGUCCCAUGGUGUUUAUACUUGCGUACUAUUGUUUGUACAGUUGAACGUGCUACCUUCAGGUGUUUGGAAAUUGCUCCCAAGGAUGAACCAGACUUGUGGAGGUCUAAAACUUUUUUCUGAGGUCUUGGCUGAUUUCUUUUGAUUUUCCCAUGAUGUCAAGCUAAGAGGCACUGAGUUUGAAGGUAUGCCUUAAAAUACAUCCACAGGUACACCUCCAAUUGACUCAAAUGAUGUCAAUUAGCCUAUCAGAAACCAUUACAUCAUUUUCUGGAAUUUUCCAAGCUGUUUAAAGGCACAGUCAACUUAGUGUAUGUAAACUUCUGACCCACUGGAAUUGUGAUACAGUGAAUUAUAAGUGAAAUAAUCUGUCUGUAAACAAUUGUUGGAAAAAUGACUUGUGUCAUGCACAAAGUAGAUGUCUUAACCGACUUGCCAAAACUAUAGUUUGUUACCAAGAAAUGUGUGGAGUGGUUGAAAAACGAGUUUUUAUGACUCCAACCUAAGUGUAUGUAAACUUCCGACUUCAACUGUAGGUCAAAGCUAUCAUCAUAGCCUCAUCACACACUCUUACAUCCAACCCUUUUGAUGUGUUAACAUGUCAUGUGUGGCCAUCAUCCUCUGUGAGGGCUUUUACAUUAACUGUCCAUAGAACUGGAAAUUAUCCUUGAUAGGACAAUGGAAGUUUGCUUAAAAAAUUUACCCUCUAUUGAAGUGAGGUCGGGACAGUAUUUGUUUUUCUCUGCCCAUCGAACUGGCACCAACUUGCUGGCUAUUCUCUCCGCUCAUUGAGUUUAAUGCCCAGGUUUAAGAGAAUGGAAAGAAUGCAGACCAGCCGGAACGUGGGCAGAAGCACUCUCUAUACUGUUUUAUGGACACCUACACCAGAUGAAAUCAGACAGACAGAGGACCUCCAAAUUAGAGAAUGAGAGGACACUGAAGACAAUGUUAAUUUGUUAUAUUCUCAGAAACUUUUUGUUAUACGUCUUUGAAACAGAAUAGCUGCAGGUCUGACUUGUUGAUUAUGUUGUCUUACUGUACAUCUGUCUCCCUCAAUGUUCUUGAAAUCUGGUUUUGUGUACACAUUGGAUUUUAUCGACAGAAAGACACGUUCCAUUUUGGUGUGUCUUUUCCACACAACCACUAUCACAGUUGCAAGUUCCUCUCUCAUGGCUGUAUAAAACUGCUUUCAAACGUAUCCUAAAACCCUUGCCUCAUGAUAACUGUGCGCUCUCUCCAUCCCCCCCUGCAGGCCUGCCCCUGCUGGUGCAGAGGACCAUAGCAAGGACCAUUAUCCUGCAGGAGAGCAUCGGGAAGGGGAGGUUCGGAGAGGUGUGGCGGGGCCGCUGGCGAGGAGAGGAGGUGGCCGUCAAGAUCUUCUCAUCUCGGGAGGAGCGAUCGUGGUUCCGCGAGGCUGAGAUUUACCAGACGGUCAUGCUGCGCCAUGAGAACAUCCUGGGCUUCAUCGCCGCCGACAACAAAGGUCAGAGGGCACAUUGGGCCAGGGUUGUGUUCAUUAGGGAGAAAACGUUUAGAAACAGUAAGGUACUUUCUGAACUUGUCCAAUAAGAGCCCAGAUGUGUAUGUUCUGUUGCAAAAUGUUUUGCUACAGUGUGCCCAACUGAACAUGACCCAGUACUGGUUCUAUUUUCUAUGACUUCUAUAAUGCUCUUAAUUUUGUGUCAGUGUACCUAGAAGCCACACAUGCCUAAAGCAGCUGACAAGCAGAACUGUGUAUUUGGCUGGGACCCAGACAGUAUUGUCAGGAUGCUAGCAGGCAGCCUUUCACUGAUGAGAUAAUCUGUUGUAAAUGCAGGCAUUAUGUAAAGUGUUUCCCUGUGGAAUAGGAUAUGGUAGCUCACUCGCUCUCCUUGCUCUCCUCUAAGAUAACGGCACAUGGACCCAGCUGUGGCUGGUAUCAGAUUACCAUGAGCACGGCUCCCUGUUUGACUACUUGAACAGGUACACGGUGACAGUGGAGGGCAUGAUUAAGCUGUCCCUGUCCACCUCCAGCGGCCUGGCUCACCUGCACAUGGAGAUCGUCGGCACGCAAGGUGAGGAGGACCAAUCAAAUGUGGCACAUGUAUCCACAUAACAUACAUAUAGAGUUAUGAAAUGUAGUGAUUUUACUCUGCACUCAGCUUUUCCUUUCUCUGUAUAGCUCUCUUCCUUUUCCAGCUCUCUCUCUCUCUCUCUCUCUCUCUCUCUCUCUCUUUCUCUCUCUCCCCCUCUCUUUUUACUCAUUACCCUCUCCCCCCUCCCCCGCCAGGUAAACCAGCUAUUGCCCACCGCGACCUGAAAUCUAAGAACAUCCUGGUGAAGAAGAAUGGUACCUGCUGCAUUGCUGACCUGGGAUUGGCUGUCCGCCACGACUCCGCCACCGACACCAUCGACAUCGCCCCCAAUCACAGAGUGGGAACCAAGAGGUGACUGGCUGCACAGUAGGGCUGACCCCAUUUAGGCUUUUGGUUGACCAAGAUUUCUUUAGUCAAGCAGUUGAAUGAUUUUUUUUGUAGACACCUGUCUGAUACGUGCCUGUCUCAGUGGACUAAUCCAUUGCGGAGCCCACUGGGAUGGCACAAGUCCAUCACUCUAAGAGCUCAUGUCCACCAGAUGCAUCAAACUCUUGGCGUUCUGGCGGAAGUCAUUCAUUGUCAAUGGAGCAGUCCGCAACACUACGUUGGGGGUGCUGCACUAGGCUGUGGUGCGUCCUGUGUACCGCAUGCGUUCAAUAUUUUCAACUCGUGUGUUGCUUUACCGUACGGAAAAUGCGGGCUAGGCAUCCGGCAAAACAAAACGCAUAUGCUUUUUGGGCAUAAGACAUGUGAUACUGAAAUUGUAUAUUGUAAUAUUAUGUAAAAAGAAUGGUGCAACACAAAUAAAGAUCAUAUUAUUUUAUAACAAAUGCGCUUUCUCCUGCGUUGGAUAGUGGUCGCUGUCCGCAGUUCUGUAACAAUCUUCAGUGCGCCUUCAAGGCCACUUUAAAAUGUGAAGUUUUGUCACACAACACAAUGCCACAGAUGUCUCAAGUUUUGAGGGAACGUGCAAUUGGCAUGCUGACUGCAGAAAUGUCCACCAGAGCUGUUCCCAGAGAAUUGAAUGUUCAUUUCUCUACCAUAAGCUGAAUCCAAUGUUGUUUUAGAGAAUUUGGCAGUAUGUCCAACCGGCCUCAUAACCGCAGACCACAUGUAACCACGCCAGCUCAGGACCGCCACAUUCUGCUUCUUCACCUGCAGGAUCGUCUGAGGGGGGGUGCUGAGGAGUAUUUCUGGUUGUAAUAAAGCCCUUUUGUGGGGGGAAAAAUCAUUCUAAUUGGCUAGGCCUGGCUCCCCAGUGGGCCUAUGCCCUCCAUGGCCCACCAAUGGCUGCACCCCUGCCCAGUCAUGUGAAAUCCAUAGAUUAGGGCCUAAUGAAUUUAUUUCAAUUGACUGAUUUCCUUAUAUGAACUGUAACACAGUAGAAUCUUUGAAAUCGUUGCAUUUAGAUUUUUGUUCAGUAUAGUUGAUUUUAUUCAAACACAUAUGGUGUGUGUGUAUAUGUAAAAAUACACGUUUAAAAAUGUUGACCAAUUGAUUGGUCGAAAGAACAGACAACUCUAUCUUUUUUUGUCAGGGACAGCCCUACUGCACAGGGAAACCAUUGUCUGGGGGGGGGGAUACACACACGCACACACCCACACACAUGCGCAUUCAUGUAUUAUACUUAUGCUAAAAUGUUUAUUCUAAAUGUUUAUUCUCAUGCUAAUGUUUUAUUAUAUUCCACUGAGCCAUUUACUUUGUUUUGUAUGCUUAUGUUUUAUUAUUUCUUAUUAUUGUUGCGUUGUCGAAGGAACCUGCAAGUAAGCAUUUCGUUGGACAGUGUAUACCAUGUGUAUCCCGUAUACGACUAAUACAACUUGAAACACAGGAACACAUAUAGACACACAGAUGGAGAGAGAAAUAUGACGUAAUUUGACAUCUUCUUUAGAUUAACUAUAACUCUACUUGAGUGCAGGUUACAUUGUUUUUCUCUGAUCCCUUAAUCCACACGGCUGUGUAUGCCCUUACUAGUGUGCCGUCAGGGAAAAUCACAUCUGAGUCUUUGAGCCUGUUGAUAUUAAAUGCCUGUGAGUGAUAGUGAGAGAGCUGAGGAGUGAUGGGGGGAGAGAGAGUGCUGAGGAGUGGAUACAGCUUUAUCACUGAAAUCUUAAACAGCUCCGUAGAAGGAGCAUGUGUUGGCAAAGGAUUGCUAUCUGAUCUGUUUGGCCCAUUACACUUCUCAGGUAGAAGUUUAAAGAUUCUCCGGUACUUUUGUAUACUUUUUAGCCAGUAGUUCUGAAAGUAGAGCUCAUGAGCCAAAAGUGGACCCCAGAAAUGGUGUACUAUGUCACAUAUGUGCAGAUAUGUGCACCACAUCAUUGCUCUCGCUCUGCUGUGUGCAUCUUGCUAGCUGUCACUCAAAUGAUAAGGAGCUAAAGCUCAUUGGCUAGAACUCGAAUCGCUAGGGGGCUGGCCCACGUGGAGGGGAAAUCUAGGGGAAAUGGCACAGCUUCCAGAAAAGUCGCUUUCAAACUAGGGAUUUUCUAAUUGAGGUAAGACAGUAAUUCUGCUCAAAGAUUAUGCCUGAAUGAACUACACAUUGACAGCCCAAAGCGGGAGGUUUAAAAAUACUUAGUAGUCGCCAAAGUUCCGGAGCAUGUCUUUUAAAGUAUUGCCUGCAUUACUUGUAUUUGCUACACUAAUGCCAUUUCUCACAAAUGUACAUUAUUUCUGUCUUAUAAUUAAGAGGACAAUGUGUCCACUCCAGUGUAGUUUCCAGUGCUAAAAGGAAUGAGCAAGGAUGUGAGAUUUGAUGUGUGAAAUAAUUGAUGAGGGUGUAAAAAUGGUUGUUUAAAACAAUGUAUACCUGCAUCAAGCUAAGGCUAUACAGAGGGAUGGAUGGGACUGUGAGGGAGGAAUGUUGAUCCUGAUGUGUUGCAUCGCGGGGCGUGUAGAGCAGUGGUCUCAGCAGACACUAGCAAGCAUUGGGCAGGAGCAUAUCACAGCCAAUCCCCUUCACUGAUUAUGUCGCUCUGUGCGUCUGCUGCCAACCUUCCCUUCAACUCAGGCACACAUACAUGCACACUUACUCACACACACUCAUGCGCACACACACUCGGGCCUCCCACCACGCACCGCUGCACUGCAGUCAGUGACAGUGUGAUGGGGUUAAUGUAAGUCCUGAGUGUUGCCUGGCUUUGACCAUUCAUGUGACUAACCUACUACAGCCCUUCUCUCUCUCUCUCGCUCUCUCUCCUGCCCUUUGCGCUGCCACUCUCCUGACUACACUGCAAGGCUCGCCUCGAUCAGAUCAUCACCUAGUGAAGGAUUGGACAAUAGACUGAGACUGUACAGGGAUGUUUAAGUCAGCAUUUUAGACCGUCAUUGGAGCUUUGGAUCAGAAAAGGUCAGCGUAGAAUAUUCAUCUUUAGAACAUUCAUAUUUUAAAGCAGCAUAGAACAUUUAAUAUUUUACAGAAUAGUACCUCGAAACUAGGAGGGCAUUUGUUCACCCUGGUCACUCAGGAUACUCUUUGAGAAUGAAGAGUGAAUAAAGAGAUCAUGUUGUCGCCCUGUGUCUGAAAGGAUAAAGAGAACUGUCUGGUGAAUGUCUCCUCAGGUACAUGGCACCUGAAGUCCUGGAUGACUCCAUUAAUAUGAAGCAUUUUGAGUCGUUCAAACGUGCAGACAUCUACGCCAUGGGCCUGGUGUUCUGGGAGAUCGCACGGAGAUGCUCAAUAGGAGGUGAGAUAACACAAUGCUCCUUUUAGCUCUUAUCACACAGUGAGUCGUUUUGGCCCCAAGGACCUCGGCUAAUUUCUGAAAGCAUCAUGUCUGUUACACAGUUCAGCCUGCCACUGACACAAGGCCCAACGUUUGGGAUCUAAUGUGGGACUCACUCUGUCUCUAGUUUAGUCUGUCCCUCUAAGGCUUGGAGUCAUCAUAUCUGCCAUUCUCCGAUAUUUUCAACACUUUGUCAGAAUUUGUUCCUAGAUUGCCAUUGGCCUGUAUUCUGUGUAAGCGUGUGUCUAAUCUAAUCCCGUGUCUGUUGCUCCCUAGGUAUCCACGAGGACUACCAGCUGCCCUACUAUGACCUGGUCCAGUCAGACCCCUCGGUGGAGGAGAUGAGGAGGGUGGUGUGUGACCAGAAACUACGGGCCAACAUCCCCAACAGGUGGCAGAGCUGCGAGGUAUGA